AUGAUGAAGAUGAUGAGCUGGGAAGACCAAGAUGAAUUUUUUACGUUUUGCAGGUAAAACUAUUUUACGUUUUGCAGGUAAAUUUUAGGACCUCUGAGCUAAGUUUUGGGCUCUCAAAAGUUCAAAAAUUUCCAAAAUUGGCUUAUAAAAGUUAUCAGAGAAAAAAGUUUCAGAUAUUGUCAGAAAAUUUUUUGAUUUUGGAAAAAAUCGGGGCGCGAAUUUUUAUGAAUUUUCAGCAGGGCUGAUUCACGAAGGAAAAAAAUUGUUAAAAAUGAUUUUUUAACAUCGAAAGAUCAAUUCACAAUUAGUUUUUCGAGUUUUUCAGCCAAAAAUGAUGACAAAUCGAUAUUUUUCGAGCUUCUGGAGGGAUUUCUGAUGAAAAUAAGCCUAUUUUGCUUUAUUUUAUGAAUUUUUCGAAAUUCAUCAAAAUUUAAAAUUUUUUAUUUCACGAAAAAUCAGCAAAACCUUCUGGAAAGUCAAUUUUCAUCAGAAAUUACUCCAGAAGCUUGAAAAAUAUUGAUUUGUCAUCAUUUUUGGCUGAAAAACUCGAAAAACUAAUGUUUUUUCGACAUUUUUUGACUUUUCGUGUUGUUUUAUUGUUAUUAAAUCUAUCUGAAACUUUUUUCUCCCAAAAAUUAUUUUGAAAUGUAGCUAUGAUAACUUUUGAGAGCCCAAAACUUGGCUCAGAGGUCAAAAACCCCCUGAAAAUCCCAAAUUUUCCCAGAAAAUGCAACGAAAGAGAUUGCGUUUGCCACAAAACUGAUGAUUUGACACGAAAUACAAUUGAAGCAACCACUAGAAAAUGCCCAAAUUGUCAAUGUUCAACUGAAAGAAAUGGCGGAUGUUCACAUAUUCAUUGCACAAAUUGUGGCUAUGAUUGGUGCUUUAAAUGUGUUAAAGAAUGGACUGAAAAUUGUCAAUGGGAUCAUUGGUUUUGA